AGUUAGCCUCAUGGACUUGUAUCGGUGUAGACGUGAAGUGCUAAUAAAUUGUCAUAUGAGAGAAUACUAGUUGUUUACCUACAACUAUCACCCAAUUCCCUCAUGUCUAAUAUUGAAUGUACAGUAGCCUAGUUGUUUCUGCGCCUACUAGAUGGCGCUCGUAACAACACCAUGUUUACUUUCCCACACUUUCUAAAGUGGGCACCUCAGUAUCGUUGCAUCUGUUGUUCACAGUACGAGCAGCCCUUAGCGGCUCGCCAUCUCACAAGUGUUUAUGACGUCGCCUUUCCGGCUUAGAUCUUUUAUAUUAUGUGACAUGUUUCACAUCAGGCCCUGCGUGUGCUCCAUCAAUUUCAAUCACUUUCAUCAAUAUGGUAUUGUUCAAAGGUAUUGUUCCUCCAAAAGGUUGUGAUGAGUUCAUGUAUAGUUGACAGAAAGGCUUGCAGCGGCUCUUUGUUCUUGCCCUACUGUGUGUGCCUUGGAUACUUCUUGCAAAACCCAAUGUUUCGAUAAUGAGGCACCACAAAGCCCACCAACUGACAAUCUUCUGACUUUCCCCAACUUUCAAGCCAUCCCGUACCUGCAGAGAAUGGCAUGGAUGUGGAGGUGGGAUCGAUGUCAGGGACAGCACACUAAGGACAUUACAGAUGGGGCUCCCGUGCCGCAGAGCAGUCCAGACCACGACCUGGGAGAAAUCUUCAUCCAUCAGGGCAUCCACACAAUAGAGUACGUGCUAGGCUCUCACACUGCCUUGUAUCUGUGACUUUGGGCACUGUCACUGGUGCAUGCCCGGUGGAGAUCCAGAGUAAGUUCUAUACUGCUGCAGGAUAUUCAUUCCUGCCAUUCUCAUUCGAGGCAGUUAUGGAUUCUGCAGCUCAAGCACCAGAGGAUUAGAAACAGCAACGCAACCUCAGUCAUCCUGGCUGUGCACUACUUCAAAGUGCUGAGGUUGACAGUCUCUUCUCAUUGUGCAGUACAUUUCAUUGUGCAGUACAUGUAGAUUAUUGUAAAUGAAUUACCAGUAAUACCGAGGUCGGCGCGCGUUUCCCGAGGUCGGCGCGCUGCCUCCCAUAACUGGGUUAAAACCGCCAGGAGACCCUCUGAUUCCCCGAAGUCAACGAACGCGUCGGGGCUCAGAGGAACCUGAGUGGGGCGGGGACCGUAAUGUCCAAUCUCGUGGCCUUGUCGUGGCUCUCUGGCUCAGUAACCCCCUCAGAUGGGGCGAAGCUAACACGGGAUGGGCCGUCCAUGCAUGACGUUAAAAGGCUAGCCCUUAACUGGGUGCAAUCCUCACGGUCUGCACUGGCCCACCGUUAACUAGCAAAAGCGGUGGGUGAGACAUGUUCGGUCAUGAUCCCCCGGUACGUGUGGAGACCCCCCUGGGGAACGUAACUCGGGCUUGAGUGCCGUACCGUCUCGAUGAUGUCAAACUCCACAUAUAAGACCCAGCUAUCACCAUCAACAUCUCUGGGCUGUGGAUUUGUGAGGGUUGUCGUGUGUCAAGGCAGGACGUAAAACUCCCGUCGUGGCAAGACAAUAAGUGCCCCCAACCCAAGCGAAAGCAAAGGGUGCGUGGCGCAGGGGAAGCUGCGUCGUAAGGGACACAUCUGUCCCUCGCAGGGCAAACAUCAUCUUAGCCCUGCAAUUCCCACGGCCACAUUCGCUGGGGAGGGAUCACGGCCCGAGCCGGCAAAGGCUCAUCGCCGUGAACGGGAUGUCCCGGACACGCUCCGUCAAGCCAGGGCGUGGUGACAUGUCCCUGGCUAGGUUAGAUGUGGCCAGACCUCCGAAAGUCUGGGGGACCGACCCAGCACCUGGGUAGGACUGGGUUCUUGGCCUUCAGGUGGGAACUCGGCCGAGUAGGGGGCGAAGGCCGAGAGGUGAAUCCGCCUCUCCGGAAUGCGGUGGGCAUUUGCCGGGGAGGGACGGGUGAAAUCCCCAGUGAUGUGGUCGUGGAAGGGGACUAGUGCGCUGGAAACGGCGUGCUAAACCCAGCAGCUCAUAAGGCUCUUGGUCAAGGGGCGGGACUGGUGAGCGAGCUGCAAUUUGCCCCCCCCCCCCCCCCCCCCCCCCCAUGUCAGAGAGGCCGGUCCGGGGUGAGAGACGGGCCUCCAAUUAAUCACUCUUCAACUCAAUGAUGGCGGAAAAUGUGGAGAGUGAUAUAGCGCUACCGGAGCAAGACGCUCCUAUCGAUGCAAGGUCGAAUGUAUCCGUCAUGGAACGACAUGCGCACUUCCUUCGGCUUUUAGACUGAAGUGUCAAACACGGAAAGAUCACCGCAGAUCAAAUCCGGGUGAUCAAAGAAGAAAUUGCCAACUGGGCUUUGGCACAUGCCAUGCUCGAGGGGCAAUAUGAGGAGAUAAAGGCGGAAAAUAACCGCCUUAGAAAAGAGGCGGCAAAACCCCAAAAGUCUUAUGCUGCAGUUGCAGCAGCACCAACUAUUACAAAACGCACAGUACAAGAAACGAUUAAACAGAAUGUACAAAAAGCCGUUCCAACAGUUUUCAUAAAACCAAAGAAAGGGCACGAUGUUAAGACUGCUAAAGCAAAAUUCGAAAAGAGCAUAAACCCAAGAGUGGACAAAAUAAAAGUAAACCAGAUCAGGACCACGAAAAACGUGCUGAUAGUUGAACUGGCCUCUACCGAGGACAGCGAUAAACUAAUCAGCAACACUAAAAUCCAAGAGUCAUUCACAUGUGAAAAACCCAAAAAGCGCAGGCCACUUAUGAUGAUGUACGAUGUACCAUCAUAUAUGACUCAGAACGAUGUGGCUGACUGCGUCUAUGCACAGAAUUUCGAGGAUAAAAUGACCCGCGAAGAGUUCAUUGAACAAUUCAGGGUCCGUUUUAAGGCAGGCCCUCGUGACCGAAACACUGUGCAUCAUGCUAUCGAAGUAUCACCAGCAUGGCGUAAGCAAAUUAUAACAACCAACAGAUUAUACGUAGGUUACAAUGUGAUAUCAGUCAAGGACUAUACUGCCCUUGCCAAAUGUUCUAAAUGUCAUGAUUAUGGACACGUCGCAAAAUACUUCAGCUUCCUAAACCCAGUAUGUAGGAAUUGCGGAAGCGAAAAGCACGAUAAAACCAAGUGCGAAAGAGAAACGCCCACCUGCAUUCCAUGUAAAUACCGAAAACGUACCUGCAACACUCCUGGCAAGGAGUGUGUAACUUACAAGAUAAUGAUACAGCGGCUCAUACAGAGGACCGAUUAUGGUGACGCGCUAUAAGGUCACUCGGAAAUCACCAAGUAAACAGUUGCGAGAUGCAGGUCGGUGGCGGAAGUUCCAGGAAUCGCAGGAAUCUCUGCCCUCAGUGGUCAACGAGAGAGAGGAGGAAAGGAAAGUCUAUUCUGUUUCAGUUCCAGACGUGCGACCGGAGAUGCUGGACUUCUCCUGCCAGGUCGGGUCCUUCCUGGCCACUAGGAGGAGUCCUCCAGGCGAGACGGCGACUGAGCAGACCAGCUUGGAGUCUCCCUCCUCACAGAGUGGGGGCUUCCUCUCACGAGUGGAGGGAGAGAUCUACACAGUUCCUGUUCCGACAGAGCAGCCGGAGUUGACGGACUUCUCCUGUCAGGUUGGGGGUUUCCUGGCCACAAGGGGGGGGGGGGGGGGUCCUCUGGGCUCUCUGGUGGCGGCGGUGACCGGCGGGGCGGCUUCAUCCGCUGGGAGCGGGGGUUCGCCUUCGUCCUCGGAGGUGGAGUCGUCGUCGGCCGUCGCGCUGGGCUCUGCAGCGGAGCAGCAACAGACUGUAAAAAUGACACAAAAAGAUGUAGAAAUAACUCAAGCUGGAAAAAUUGUAGAACUAACAAAUGGUGACGGCACACUAGAAAAGAUGUACACUCAGUGUCCACCAGGAGACACAUACACUAUUUGCGAGGAAACAUUAAGACUGUCAAGACUGGAGGAACCCACAGUUCUAAACAUGUCUCUGAAGCGGCUGGUGAGGGUCGGGCAUCCUCGCGGAGAGAAAAUCACAUUCCCGGCACUGGAGGAUGCAGACUGUAUUCAACUUGCCCCGUUAAACAUUCCCACAGACUUUGAGAAAUUACGAGACCUAGUGUCAAAAUUAUAUAUCAGACGGGGUCGGGAAUUUGAUAUUAACAAGACCUACAAAAACAUGGUCAAGAUGUACAGCAGGAUUGGUUUUGACCCUGCCCAGGUAUGGCCUGAUAGCCAUUUCUACACCAGACACCUGGAUUAAGAUAAAAGUCCUACAAAUAAACUCUAUGAGGAGCUCCCUCGUAACUCAGGAGCUCCGAAAGAUAGCGGAAGAGAACAACAUUGAUGUCAUGUUAAUUCAAGAACCAAGCUCUGCCUCCGGCAGGGUCACAAGCUUUCCCGUCACUGCUCAGGUAAUAUCAAUGGGUCCAAAUCCCAUGUCAGCAAUUGUCAUCUACAACAAGCUAAUUAAAACCACUGUUUUGACACAGUUUUGCACUUCCCACGUAACGGUUGUGGAGAUAAACUUUUGUAAUACAUUUUGGUACAUAAUCAAUAUAUACUGUCAAUACAGGGAUCCAAUCAAUAUUUAUCUCGGGCAAUUAUCUACAGCAUUGCGAGCCCUAGCAGGCAAAGCAAUUAUAAUAUCAAUGGACAGUAACGCAAAAUCCCCCCUCUGGCACAGCCAAGUUCAAGAUCAAAGAGGACAGGCACUAGAAGAUCUAAUUAUGGAACAUAAUUUAAAUGUUGUCAAUCUCCCCGGCAACCCUCCUACCUACAGGAGCAGAGCUGGGGCAGCAUCCUCUAUUGAUGUCACGCUCUGUACGACAAACACUGUGAACACUAUUCAAAAUUGGCACGUAAAUGACAACAUAACCACCAGUGAUCAUAACGUUAUCGAAUUUACGAUAGCAUCACAAGUGGAGCGUGUGCUAGAGGGGUGGACAAUGCAGUAUGAUUACGGGAGAGCAGACUGGGACCUGUUGGAGGCGGAGUUUCAUCCUCCAGAGCUGGGAGACGGUCCUUUUGAAGUGGAGGAGGCCGUAGGGGCCUUAAUUGUCUCUUAUCAGGGCGGCCUUGGCUGCGGCGAUACCAACGCGAUGGCGUUUCAUACGCAAAGCGACUUCUCCAUGGACUCCAGAGCUUACCCGGCUCAGGCAGUCUAUGAGAAGAGCACGAAGCAGCUAUCAAAGGUCCUUCACCCAGGAGGAACGGCAUUACCAUCUUGCCCAGUAUAGGAGAAGGAAAUGGCUCUUCAAGGAAACUCUCAGACAACAUCGCCAGCGGAGUUGGGAAGAUUUUGUAAAGUCUCACCUGACUCUGGAUCCCUGGGGUACACCAUACAAAAUAGUUAGAGAGAAAAUACAUUCACCAAUGCAUCUCUCGACUGUAAGAGUCGGUGACACAGACAGACUGACACAGGACUGGUCAGAGACUGCUGAGGAGCUACUGAGGGUGCUCCUCCCAGACGAUCGACCUGACACAGACACUGAGAUGCAGCAGGAAAUCAGACGGCAAGACCAGCUACACUACUACAACAACGUACAGGUGUACCCCUACUCCAUCGAGGAAGUGAAGGCAGCUAUUCGCUCCUUUGCAAAGUGCAAGGCUCCGGGGCCGGAUGCAAUUCCUGCAGAAGUUCUGCAAUGUAUUGCAAACAAACUGGCUCCGGGCCUUGCGAAAAUAUACAACAGAUGUAUGGAAACACAGGUCUUCCCAACCUGCUGGAAGACGGCAGAAGUUAUCAUCAUUAAAAAGGCUCCCGAUAAGGAUCCAAUGGUGCCCAAAUCCUACAGACCGAUUUGUCUCCUGGACGUCUUGGGAAAGACAUUUGAGAAGCUGUAGGUCUCUAGACUGUCUAGUCACAGAGUCCUACGUGGAAUGAGUGACUCGCAAUACGGAUUCCGAGCUCGAAAAUCAACAUCUGAUGCUAUUAACAAAGUGGCAAGUAUUGUACACUCAUCCACGCGGAAGUACGUUCUCGGAGUCAUGGUGGAUAUUUCGGGUGCCUUCGACAAUCUGUGGUGGCCGGCGCUCUUCUCUCGACUUCGAGAGCUGGAGUGCCCGGCGGCGCUAUACGGUUGUCUGAAGGACUACUGUAGAAAUAGUCGCCAGAAUCACGGCUCCUGGUGCCGUGGUGUCUAAGAACAUCUCAAAGGGCUGUCGGCAGGGUUCUGUGUGCGGUCCUUUGUUUUGGGACGUGAAUAUGGACCCAUUACUGGAAACACUGGAAAGGAACAACAUGACACUAGGAGUCGUGGCGUAUGCAGACGACCUCCUCGUUCUUGUUGAGGGCGACAGCCGUGCCGAGAUUGAGACAAGAGCGGCCCAUGUAUCCGAAAUACUGAUACAAUGGUGUCAAAGUUCAAAAUUGGAAAUCGCGCCUCAUAAGUCAAGUUUCAUCUUGCUAAAAGGCAGACUAGCCAGAGACCCAAUUAUAAGACUAUAUAACCGAAUAGUCGCAAGAACACGUGCUGCAAAGUACUUGGGCGUCUUCAUAGACGAAGCCUGGAGCUACAUCCCACAUAUAAAUCACGUUGCCUCUAAGGCUAUGGCAGUACUAAACAAAUUAAUAAGUAUAGCCCAACGGCGCUUCCAUCUUCCUCCGAUUGCAACAAAAAUGUACAAUAACUGUGUCUUGGUACCAAUUGUGGGAUACGGCUCCAGUGCCUGGGCCCACAAACUCACUCAGGUCAUACCUGCCACUAUGGUAAGAAGGAUACAGCGCAAUGUAAUACUGAGAUGUGUAGGCGCAUUUGGUACAACACCUACAGAUGCACUGUGUCUAAUCAUGGGACUCUGCCCUUUAGAUCUGUUAAUCAGACAGCAGGCUGCCAUGUACUGGCUUUCCAAACGUAAACACCAACAAGUUACACUAAUAAUGGGUGAACGCCUCAAUAAUGUUAAAGAAAUAAAAAAAAAAACGAUGAAUCUGUGGCAACAGCAAUGGGAUACAUCAGACACAGGAAGGCGUGUCUAUGACCACCUUCCAAGUAUUCAGGAAAGAACACGCAUGAAACAUUUCGUCCCCUCUCAAGGAAUUGUACAUUUUUUAACAGGACACGGCCCAUAUCCUGUGUACCUUCACAGGAUUGGGAGUCGUCAGACACCUGAGUGCGUUUGUGGCGCCCCUGUGGGGACGCCCGAGCACUUAGUAUUUGAAUGUCCCGAUUUCGAUCCAGUCGCCUCAGAGCUAAGGCUUGAAAUCCAAGAUCAAACAGUCAUGAACAUUCUGAGAAACCCUGAGACAUAUAACACCUUACAAUGUUUAGUUGACCAAGUAUCACAAUUUGCGAAAUUAAUAUUUGAGGAGAAUUACCAACGUUAAACUAGAGAAAAGCCGUACUCCUCAACAGGGAUGAGGAGCAUUGCGCGGCAACAGAAGUGACAAACACCAUACACCUAUCUGUCAGUGGUGGAAUGGAGGGUGGCCAUACCUUCCGGAUUUCCGGUCGCGUGGCGCCUGUCCGCCCCACUGGUGCCGCACAAAGUUCUGGGAACUGUAAGAGGGCAAGAAGGAUGAUGAUGGAGGGCUCUGCGGUCUAUGGAAACAUAGACGCGUGAGAUGCCCUAAGGGUGGUUCCAAGGGAUGUCAUGCCUUCUGCAGAUCGAAACAAAAAACCAGACAAGUACAUAAACACAACUGGACACAAAUACCCUUAAAGAUGAAAGAGAAGUAAUUGUAUUUCAGUUCUUUCUGUGUUUGUAAUUGUGUUGUAAAAUAAUCUUGUUUGUCUUUUUUUGGCGCAGAAGCGCAAGUUUUGUAAUUUUGAAGUAGUUUGUAGAAGUAGAAUUUUGUAUGUACAUUGUGUGUAAAUAAAGGGUGGUGGAGGGAAGAAAAUGUGGAUAUAGCACAGUAGUGGUUUCCUAGGCAGUAGAGCCCGGCCCACCUCCUCGUGGUGAGGGACGGGCAACGCUCCUGGCAUCCCGGAGCGGCUAAGAGGCCGGUAUGUAAUCACCGAAUGUAAUGUAUAUUGUAAAGUAUGUAAACACACUACUUGUAACAAAUGUAGUAUUGUUUAGAUUAACAACCCACUUUUGUAACCAAGACAGUGGGUCUUUGUAUGUUAAACAAUAAACUGUAAAAAAAAAAACUGUUUCCCGAGGUCGGCGCGCGUUUCCCGAGGUCGGCGCCUCGACAUAUCAGUAUAGCGGAAAAACGCGGUAUAUUUCGAGGUGUCAGUAUAUACAUGAACUUCCUGUUUGUGUGUGGUUGUCCAGAAACUGGUUGGUUUAGUUAAUGUAUUACAACAGGAUUGUAUUCAUUACUGGAGCCAGCUGAUUCUACAAUUUUUGUUUCUUUUUAUCUUUCACUUGUAUCCAUUGGGUGGUAAAUCACAUGCUAAAACAUUCUUCUGAACAUUUUUUUAUAUUGAUCUGGAUAGCAAGAAGAGUAAUGCUUGUAAUUGUUCGCUUCCUGGAAAUUUCAGCACCUUUAUAUACAGUUUUGUUAAUGUUUUCUGGUGUUUCAUUUCUGCAGUGACGUGAAGUGAAUUGAAUUUUGUGGUGUAAUUUAUUCUGCUAGAUUUUCUAUUUCCUUUGGUUGUUCUGUUGAAUAAAAUGAAAUGAGUGUUGCAAU